AUGGUGGCCCCGAUGUCCGGCUCCGCGGGCGGCCGCCUGGCCCGGGCGCUGACGCGGGCGCUGGCGCUGGCCCUGGUGCUGGCGCUGCUGGUCGGGCUCUUCCUGAGCGGGCUGGCGGGCGCGGUCCCGACCCCGGGCGGCCGCGGGGGGCACGACGGGCCGCUCCCACCCGCCUCCCGCAGCCGCUCGGUGGUCCUGGACGCCGGGACCGGCCAGCUGCGCCUGGUGGAGGGCCGCCACCCCGACGCCGUGGCCUGGGCCAACCUCACCAACGCCAUCCGCGAGACCGGGUGGGCCUUUCUGGAGCUGCGCACCGAUGGCCGCUACAAUGACAGCCUGCAGGCCUACGCAGCAGGCGUGGUGGAGGCCGCCGUGUCUGAGGAGCUUAUCUAUAUGCACUGGAUGAACACCGUGGUGAAUUACUGCGGCCCCUUCGAGUAUGAAGUCGGCUACUGCGAGAGGCUCAGGGGCUUCCUGGAGGCCAACCUCGACUGGAUGCAGGAGGAGAUGGAGUUGAACAAGGACUCUGCCUACUGGCACCAGGUGCGGCUGAGCCUCCUGCAGCUGAAAGGCCUGGAGGACAGCUAUGAAGGCACUGUGACCUUUCCGACCGGGAGGUUCACCAUCAAACCCUUGGGGUUCCUCCUCUUGCAGAUUGCUGGGGACCUGGAAGACUUGGAGCCAGCCCUGAAUAAGACCAAGACCAGGCACACUGUGGGCUCUGGCUCCUGCUCCGCGCUCAUCAAGCUGCUGCCCGGACAGAGUGACCUCCUGGUGGCCCACAACACCUGGAACUCCUACCAGAACAUGCUGCGCGUCAUCAAGAAGUACUGGUUCCAGUUCCACGCAGGCCCCCAAGAGGACUCUCCCCUGGCUCCUGGCAACAGGCUGGUCUUCUCGUCCUACCCGGGCACCAUCUUCUCCGGCGACGACUUCUACAUCCUGGGCAGUGGGCUGGUGACUCUGGAGACCACCCUCGGCAACAGGAACGCGGCCCUGUGGAAGUACGUGCAGCCCAAGGACUGUGUGCUGGAAUGGGUGCGCAACAUCGUGGCCAACCGCCUGGCUGUGGACGGGGACAGCUGGGCAGACAUCUUCAAGAGGUUCAACAGUGGCACGUACAACAACCAGUGGAUGAUCGUGGACUACAAGGCGUUUGUGCCCGGCGGGCCCAGCCCUGGGAGCAGGGUGCUCACCAUCCUGGAGCAGAUCCCGGGCAUGGUGGUGGUGGCGGACAAGACCUCGGAACUCUACCAGAAGACCUACUGGGCCAGCUACAACAUACCGUCCUUCGAGAGUGUGUUCAACGCCAGCGGGCUGCAGGCCCUGGUGGCCCAGUAUGGGGACUGGUUCUCCUACGACGGGAGCCCCCGGGCCCAGAUCUUCUGGCGGAACCAGUCGCUGGUGCACGACCUGGACUCCAUGAUGCGGCUCAUGAGGUACAAUGACUUCCUGCAUGACCCCCUGUCCCUGUGCAAAGCCUGCAACCCCCAGCCCAACGGAGAGAACGCCAUCUCGGCCCGCUCUGACCUCAACCCGGCCAACGGCUCCUACCCGUUCCAGGCCCUGCGCCAGCGCUCCCACGGCGGCAUCGACGUGAAGGUGACCAGCAUGGCGCUGGCCAAGGCCUUCCGCCUGCUGGCGGUCAGUGGCCCCACGUGGGACCAGGUGCCCCCGUUCCAGUGGAGCGCCUCGCCCUUCAGUGGCCUGCUGCACAUGGGCCAGCCCGACCUCUGGAAGUUCCUGCCCGUGGAGGUCUGGUGGGACUGAGGCUCCGUCUCUGCUCUGCUGCCUUCUGCCUCUGCUGAGCCCCCAGGGCCACCCGCUCCAGCCCCGCCCUGACCUCCUGCCAGCCCCCUCCAUGGGCUUCGCUCCUGCUGUGCCCGGACCUGGGACCUGGCUCUGCCAGGUUCAACUCCCAUCUGGGCCAGCUCCUCCUGGGUGGGGCACGGAGCCUGGUGGGUCCAGAACUGACUGUCUGUCCCCCUAAGUGGGUGAGCCAUCCUUGCCUCCCUCUGCCUCUCUGCCUCUCUCUGCCUCUCUCUCUGCGUUGCUGUCUCUGCUCUCCCUGAUUCUCUCUCUCUUCUACCUGGGGGCCCCUUCCUCAUGCUGCCCCUCCUGAGGGCUCGGGAGGGGUCCUGGAUCAGGUUCUGGGGCCCCAGUGGGGCAGGAGGGGCCUCUUCUGGUCCCUACCUCCAGCGUCAUUGCUGCCCGUCACUCUGGAGCUUGUGGGAUCUCAGCCCCUGAGACUCAGGCAUCACCUCCCAGCCCCAGCCCCUCUGCUCCCUCGGGAAGCAGCCCCCUGGUUUCUCCUGGGCAACCUCUUGAGGACGGAAGCUUGAAAACAAACAAAAACCAAAGUUUCUGGUGACUUGUGGCUGGAGGGGCCCUAGUGUCCUCUCUCCAGAGGCAGGCAGGAGUGUCAGCCCCCACGCUCCAGCCUCGUGCCCCGGCCCCCCACCCUGGGCUGCCCUGGCCUAAGGGCAGGACCCUCAGCUUCCCCGCUGUAGUAGCCAAAUUGCAGGCUGUGCUGCCAUUAAAAAGAGAGAGGCCGUGGCCUGUGCUGUGCUCUCUGGGGCAGUGGGGAAGGCUGGGACGGCGCCUUUCUCCUCUCGGGUGUGGGUUCUGCACCGUCUAUCCAUGCGUCCUCCUGUCCAUCCUUCUGUGUGUCCAUCUAUCCAUUCGUUCAUCUGCCAACCCACCCACUCUUUGUCCUUCUGCAGAGUUACCCACCUAUCCAUCCAUUUUCCAGCCACCCAUCUAUCCAUCUGUCGUCCAUUUACCACCCAUCUACCCAUCCAUAUCCGUCCGUCCAUCCGUCCAUCCAUCCAUAUGUUUAUGGGUCCUGUUCUAGGGCCCUGUUAACUACCAAGACCUUCCCAAGUCCUACUCUGGGGUCCAGAUCAACACAAAACAGAAUCCCUCCCCGUCUGAUCUUACCCAGAGCCCACACUGGAGACAAGACUCACCCGGUGCUGUGUGCUUGGGGAGAGGAAACACAGCCCUGGAGUCAGAGAUCUGGGUUCGAAUCCCAUCUCCACCACUAGCUGUGGCACUCAAGCUCUCUGAGCCUCAGUUACCUGACCUGUAAAAUGGGGCAGUGACGUGAGCGGCGCUUCCCUGGGGGUGUGGUGCGGAUUUGCUGUGAUGGUGGCUGUGUGCAGCCCCACAGGGCCCCACUCAGCAUUCAUUCAUUAGCAAGUGUUUGUGGGCCAUGUCGGACAUGCCAGGCUCUGUGUAAGGUCCUGGGGAUACCUUAUAACAAAAGGCACAAAAGUCCCUGCUUUUGGGGAGACAGUUAACAAAAUAAACACCAAGUGUGUAAGAUGCCGGUAAA